GUCUUGUGUUGUUCACUUUAGGACAGAUCACUACACUACCGCUCAGUUGGACGGAGCCCAGGUCCCCCCGCUCUGUUCUCUUCUGUUGAGGCUAUGAACUGCAUCAGACCCUUUCUCUAUGUGGGAAUUCCCCAUGUAUCUCUAAAAACAUUGAAAUAGCUUCCCCCCUAUUCACCAGUUUCCUUAUUAAAAAGCGCCUCUCGGAAAGACGCUCAAUGUGUCGUUCCCAGCACCAUGCCUGGUAAGUGAAUCAGUGGCGAUGGAAGGAAAAGGGCCCUAUCGUAUCUACGACCCCGGCGGGGGCGAGGCUAAGGCCAGAGAGGCCAGGGAGGAGGGCAGCAGCAUUGGAGGGAGCAGCUAUAGACUACUACUGGAAGAGAACAGCGUGCUCCGAGAGAGGAUGAAGGGACUCAAGAGCUUAGGAGACCUGUUGGAGGAGUCUCAGUGGGAGGCGUCUAAGUUGCGUCAGCGUGUAGAGGAGCUGGUCAGAGACAACGAGGCCUUGAAGUCUUCUACCUCCAGCUUCGCUACCAGUCUCUGUAUGGGAGGACCUGUUCAGACUGAGACACAGGAUCAGGGGAAGCUUCACCGCCAACCCAGUAUGGACCAGAGACCGAGUCAGUCGUGUCUCUCAACGGAGAAAGCCCUACAUCAUGAUCAGCCCAGCGAAGGUCUGUCUGAGUUUGAGGUGUGGAAUAUGGAGGAGAAGACCUCUGAUACCCAGACGGCUGGUGCAGGAACAGGACAGCUCCCUCAGGAGAACCAGGAGUUAGCCAGCCAGCUGCAGCGUCUAGAAAACUCCUUCAGUAUCUUUGCUGAGGCGUCCAACCCCAACCAGCUCCUAGCCCACCUGGGACGCAUGGCCGUCGAGUUCCACCACCUCUCCUCCAAGGUCCAGAAGAACGAGCAGAGGACAUCCCUCCUACAGACUCUUUGUGAGCAGCUCAGACAAGAGAACAACGAGCUGAGAAAGAAGAUGGAGGAGGACCUUCAGUACAGAAACGGAGACAUGGAACUACUGAGACCAGAGAACCUGAAGCUAAAAGAGCAGAUAACGGGAGCAGGAGAGACCGCAGCAGAGAGCGAGGGGCAGCCAGAAGCCAAAGAAGAUGUGGUGAAAGAGGAAACUGCCAGCGUUAGAUCCAAGAUGGAAGUCAGCACACCACAGAAGCGGAGGGGGAAUGCCACAGAGAUGGAGAAAGCCCCGGCCAAGCCCUGUGACCCAGAGGCCUACGAGAAGAAGAUCAAGCUUCUAGAGAAGCAGAGGAAAGAUGUACUGGAUGUGAACAAGCAGUGGGAUGUCCAGUGGAACUCUAUGAAGUCACAGUUUGAACAGAAGAUCACAGACCUGCGUCAGCGGCUAGCGGACUCCCAGAAGGCCGUGCUGGAGUUAGAGGCGGAGCGAGAACAGAGGCAGCGGGACUACGAUAAGAAGCUGCUGCUUGCCAAGUCCAAGAUCGAGAACGUACAGGGGGAGAAGGAGUGUCUGAACUCUGAGACCACAGAGUUGAAGCAGAAGGUUCGUUACCUGCAGGAUCAGCUGCUGCCCCUCAGUAAACAGAGAGAGUACCAGGAGAAGGAGAUACAGCGCCUCAACAGGGCUCUAGAAAAGGCCCUGAACCUGCACCCUCCCCCCUCCUCCCAGCAGCCACCGGGCCAGGGCACCAGCGGUAACCAUGACGACAGGCCUAGUAACUUUACGAGGCAGGCGCUGCUCACUCAGAUAGCGGUGUUAAAGGAACAGGUGAAGAUCUUUGAGGAGGACUUUAAGAAAGAGAGGAGCGACAGGGAACGAAUGAACGAGGAAAAGGAGGACUUGAGGAGACAGGUGGAGAGGCUGCAGGGUCAGGUGACCAACCUCACCAAUCAGGCCCAGAGGGAGAGAUGCAAGCUGGAGAGACUACAGAUGCAGCAUCAUAAACAGGGCCAGCAGCAGCAGGAGAGGCGUACCUCACACCCCUCCUCAGGCACCAUGAACAGCCCUCUGAGCCCUCCCUACUAUGGUCCCUUUAUGCAGGUGGCUCCAGGAGGAGGCCCGGGGCAGGACAUCUGGACAACACACCACCAACCCAGGAUACUCAACAUCGCAGCAACUGCUGCCGCCGACAGUGUAGCGCAAACGGGACGCGGCGACUUCACACCGGUAAGGCCCAGAGGCUCCAGGUGGUCCGGCGCCGGGGAUGGUUCCAGACCACCACCAGAGAACACGGAUCAGUCCACCGCAACUGGGUUUGGAAGAAGAGAGUGAUAGAAUAUUGACCCUGGAAAGCACUAAGGUCCUCUCUACCAUUUGUUCCCUCCUCGUGGUGGUAGCAGCAUGAAUCAGUUAGUUUUCAGUUGACCAGGUGUGAUUUGAACUAUAAUGUUCCUACUGAACUGUAGAUAUUCUGUUGUUUAUACUUGCCUUUUUAUAAGCCUACUUGUGAAACACUGUUUUCGCUAUUCAGAAAUAUAUUACAUCAAUAUUAUAACUUAGAUGCGUUUCUUCUUUAACCUCAUAAUAUUUUUUGGGAGAUUCAAUAUCUGCUUCAUAUGAUUCUAUGCAGGAACUGAAGUCAUUUGUGUGUAAUAGGUUGAAAUGAUCAAAAUGUAAUAUUUAAGACAAUAUACCUAUGUGAUUAUCGGCUAUUGACUAUCAUCCCACUGCAAAUAUGUAACGUUUUUACAAAGCUGUUUUGUUACUCGUAGGGUCCAUCGGUCCAUUAUCCCAUGUCAAUAACAACCAAUACUACUCUAUUCAUUCCAACGAUAUAUCAUUUAUAUUGGUAAAUUGCCUUGGAAUUGGAAUCAUAGAAAUCGUAACCGUGGAUGUUUUCAUUUCUGAGAAUUUGUUCAGUACCAUUGGUGUUCUAGAACUGUUACAUAAGUAUAUCUGUUCAUAAAAGUGAUUUGUUAUAAUACAUUAAACUUGAAGUGAAUUUAGCUGGUAUAUCAUGCCAAAAAAACAUGAUUGUGGUGAUCAUUUAUUUAUAAUCUUCUGUUUUGAUGGUUGCAUUGACUAAAUGUAAAUCACUUGUCUUUAGUAAUGCUGUUCUUUCUGUUAGUGUACUCCCAAUAUAUUGUAGCUAUUGACAUCGUAUGUUGGUUACACAUACACGCGCAUGCGCACGCGUCCUCACAAGAGUACCAGAUUGGCCAAAAAUGACCAAUGUAAUUUCAAUGCAACACCUUUUUUGAUUUAAAUAUUUGAUAAUAUGUAUUGAUAUCCUAAGGUAGACAAGUCCUCAACAUAUUUACACCCCAAAGCUGUCCAGUCAUAUGUUUGGAGGAUUGGGUCAUAGGUCGUAGUGAACCCAGGCUUUGUCCCAAUAGUCUUGAAUGGCUUCCUUUCCUUCCCUAAUGCUGACAGUUGAUAGCACUACUGUAGGGCGUAGGCCUGUUCUGGAUGCUGUAAACGUUAGCCUACCUGAGCGCUCUGCUAGCAGAAUAUGGUCAGUAUACUGUAAUAUGUACAUUUUUAUAUUGAGUUAACAGGGUACGAUUGGUCUCCAUAUUGCUUUAACCUGUCAGUCAUGUCCUUUUAUUUUUUGCAUCAGGGGGGAAAUUAAGCUUCUUUUUUUUAUUAUUAUUAUUAUUAUUAUUUUAAACGGAGACUCGGCUAACCCCCAAGGAUCAGUCAGUCAGCGAUUACCUCAGUGAUAAACCACCUCAGCCAGACUCCCGGCCCUGGUCAAAAGUCCCUUUUUAUAUAGGGAAUAGGGUGCUGUUUGGGCCACAUCCUUGACUCCGCUGGCUUCCGUCUCAAUUCUGUAAGACCAACAGCUCCAUACUAAUGCCUAUCAAUCUACAGUAUCUGUCCUGUGAACCUCUGUGAUACCGUCAAGAGCCGGCUUGAAUUCCAAACUCAGCCUUGUACCUUACCCCAGGUACUUCUGAGGAUUGGAUAGGUGUUGACAAAGUGGAUUUAUUACCAUAUUGCUUAUACUUUAACGAUGCUUUGAUAUCUCCACUAGUGUCUGGAGUUUAAGGGGCGAGGGGUUGGUCACUACCCUGGAGCUCCAAUCCUUCUGAUGUGUGAUUUGGUUUGGUGGUGAACUAAUGUUCUGUAUCUCCUGAAUCAAAGCUACAUGGGAUUGCAUAUGUAUGGUAUUAUAAACAUUUGUGUAUGUUGCAUUCAGACUGGUAAAGAUGGGUGUUUAUUCACAAUGUUCACAGUAAAUCCAGUUGGAUCAGACUUAUUUUUAAAGACAGAUUCCAGAAUGGUCCAAUAGUUGAAUGGGGAUUUUGAAUUGCACUUUGAAAGGAAUGCUUUGUUUUUUCCACUCUGGCAGUUGUCUUUUUCUGGUUUGUGGUUGUGGAGUUUUGCAGGAGGCAAAAGCACAUUACUGAUGUGAUGAGACUUUUUGUAUUUGACUGGCUUAAUAAACAUAUCCUAAAUGUC